UCAGAUCUCACGUAGGAGGCACAGAACAUGGGUGCCUGGAACGGGGCCAGAGAUAUUGUGGGGCUCAGGCCAGGAGGGGAGUGAAGUCUCCACCGUGGCCAACCAGGCCUUCCGCAGAGCCGGCCACUUCUGCCUUUGGAAAGUGUUUCACAAUGCCCCACGUUUGUGAGGCCAGUGAGCUCAGCUGAGGAUGGGUCGAGGGUGUGGGCUCACACACUCACAUGCACCAGCACCCAGACAGGGAGCACAGGCCGAGGAGCUGCCGGGCAGGCGGGGCCCACGCAGAGAGUGCCAGAGCCUGCCGUCCUCAUGACAGGUGACAGUGGAGCCCCAAGGCUAAGCCGGCCCAGCUAUGGCUCCAUCUCCAGCUCACCCAGCCCAGGGCCACAGCAAGCACCUCCCGGAGGGACCUACCUGAGUGAGAAGAUCCCCAUCCCGGACACGGAACAGGGCACGUUCAGCCUUCGGAAGCUGUGGGCCUUCACUGGGCCGGGCUUCCUCAUGAGCAUCGCUUUCCUGGAUCCAGGAAACAUCGAGUCGGACCUUCAGGCUGGCGCUGUGGCUGGAUUCAAACUGCUCUGGGUGCUGCUGUGGGCCACAGUGUUGGGUUUACUCUGCCAGCGACUUGCUGCCCGGCUGGGUGUGGUGACAGGAAAGGACUUGGGCGAGGUCUGUCAUCUCUACUACCCUAAGCUGCCCCGCACCAUCCUCUGGCUGACCAUCGAGCUGGCCAUCGUGGGCUCGGACAUGCAGGAGGUCAUCGGCACCGCGAUUGCAUUCAAUCUGCUCUCAGCUGGACGGGCUGAGGAAGCUGGAAGCCUUUUUUGGAUGCCUUAUUACCAUCAUGGCCUUGACCUUCGGCUACGAGUACGUGGUGGCCCGUCCCGCUCAGGGGCCGCUUCUCCGAGGCCUGUUCCUGCCCUCCUGCCCCGGCUGCGGCCACCCCGAGCUCCUGCAGGCCGUGGGCAUCGUCGGCGCCAUCAUCAUGCCGCACAACAUCUACCUGCACUCGGCGCUGGUCAAGUCUCGAGAGAUAGACCGGUCCCGCCGGGCGGACAUCCGAGAAGCCAACAUGUACUUCCUGAUCGAGGCCACCAUCGCCCUGUCCGUCUCCUUCUUGAUCAACCUCUUCGUUGUGGCCGUCUUUGGGCAGGCCUUCUACCAGCAGACCAACCAGGCUGUGUUCAACAUCUGUGCCAGCAGCCACCAGGACUACGCCAAGAUCUUCCCCAGGAACAACCUGACCGUGGCCGUGGACAUUUACCAGGGAGGCGUGAUCCUGGGCUGCCUCUUCGGCCCCGCGGCGCUCUACAUCUGGGCCGUGGGUCUCCUGGCGGCCGGGCAGAGCUCCACCAUGACCGGCACCUACGCGGGACAAUUCGUGAUGGAGGGCUUCCUGAAGCUGCGGUGGUCACGCUUCGCCCGCGUCCUCCUCACUCGCUCCUGCGCCAUCCUGCCCACCGUGCUCGUGGCCGUCUUCAGGGACGUGAGAGACCUGUCAGGCCUCAACGACCUGCUCAACGUGCUGCAGAGCUUGCUGCUUCCCUUCGCUGUGCUGCCCAUCCUCACCUUCACCAGCAUGCCCGCCAUCAUGCAGGAGUUUGCCAAUGGCCUGUGAGUACUCCCCGGCCCAAGCACUGGACUGGCAUUACUGCAUUUGAUCCUCAGAGCCCCCAGGAGGCUGAGCAAGAUCGUCACUUCCUUCAUCAUGGCGCUGGUCUGUGCCAUCAAUCUCUACUUCGUGGUCAGCUACCUGCCCAGCCUCCCCCACCCCGCCUACUUCGGCCUCGUAGCCCUGCUGGCCGCGGCCUACCUGUGCCUCACCACCUACCUGGUCUGGACCUGUUCAAUCGCCCACGGAGCCACCCUUCUGGCCCACAGCUCCCACCAGCGCUUCUUGUACGGGGUUCCUGAAGAGCAGCCAGAGCCCUCCGGAUGAACUCCCACCCCGGGGCCUGGCUGCCGGUGGCAUGAGUGGGUGGCAUGGGUGCGGCAGACUGGGUGCUGGAUGGGGGGCGGGGGGAGGCGGGGGUGGAGGCAGCAAGACGGCGUGGAGCAGCCUGGGUUCCACAGAGACCUGCUGUUUCCUAGUUCGGGCAACUGAUUAACCUCUGGGUUUCAAUGUCCUCAUCUGUAAAAUGGGGACACCACCAAUCCUGCAAUGGAUGUAAAGCACUUUAACACAGUA